GGGGCGCCUCAACGUCAGAGCGAGAGUCGCCUCAAAUGCGGGAGAAAGGAGGCCCUCCCAGAGCCGAGUGCAGACUCCCCUCGGGGUUCGGGAGAGAAGAUCCUCCAAUCUUCGGAGGGCAGAGCCUGUAUCCCACCAGCCUGGGAGGCGGCUCGGGGAGAGGGGCCCCGGGAGAAAGGCGGCUCCCCGGGGGACAUCUGCAGGUCCCUGGGGGAACGGAUGCGGCAGCCUGGGGGAAGGGCGGGCCCGGGGCCCCGGGGCAGGACCACCCAGCUGAUGCAGGUUAAGACCCAUGGCCUGACAGGAGACAGCGCACCGGCCCUGGGAGCGCAGGGGCCCCUCAGGGAAGCGUUGCGGGCUCCCCUUCAGCUCGCUGGGCCCCUGACCCGGCCACUGCUCCCAGGCCCAGGAGCGGUGAUGCUAGAGGCCCCAUGCACUGGGGGCUCCGUGCAGCGGGAGCGCCCCGCUGCUCUCCCAGGGCACCUGGGCCCGCUGCGCGAUCCGCCCUCGCUUCAGGGCCCAGGAGGAAGCCCUGGCCCCGCGAAGCAGGAGCUGGGCGGCUCCACGGGGCUUCCAGGCGCCUUCGGGAGACUGAGGGGUGCUGCGGAGGCCCCCAGAACCUCGAAGACCGCGUGGCUCGAGCCCCCGAGCAGAGACCGGGCGUCGGCGGGCAUGAACGCCGCGCAGCAGGCGUCGGCUCUGCAGCGGCUGCUGGAGCUGAACCGCGAGGCCAGACGCCGGCGGCAGCGGGACCGCGAGCAGCAGCGGCUCCGGGUCCUGGAGCGCCUCCGCAUCGCCAGGAACCGCCACUGCCGGGUGCACCCCCUGGAACCCCCACCGAGCCCAGCUCAGCUCCCACCACAGGCAAGACCCCCAGGAGAAGGCGGUGGGGCCACAACGACCCUGCCGGGGCGGGGGCCGGUGGCCGAGCUGGGAGCGACCUGGAUCGCUUUGACUGGAGUGUAUCCCGCACUUGCCAUAACACCUGCGGAGCGGGCCGACCCGGCUGCUGCCCUCUGCUGGCCGCUUCGAGCCCGGAGGCCGGGAGGCAGCGCGGGCGCUCAGCGUUCCGUCCCUCCCCAGGAGGACGCGGCAGGGCGACGACGCGCCCUGCGGGAACAGCUGGAGCAAACGCAUCGGGAAAGGACCGGGCGGCUGCGAGCCCUCGGGGCCAGGUGAGGGGCCGGAAGGGGAGUCUUGUGGGGUGGUGGCGGUCACUUUUUCCUGACAUCUGGGAUGAAAGGCCACUCUUUCCCCCAGGAACACCCAGAACUUCCAGCAGCUACUGUGGGCCCCCGGCGCUGUGGAACCUGACGAGCCUCGCCCAUCCUUCCGAGGCCCCUCUAAGUCUCUGAUGAAUCCUCAAGGAGA